UAGAUUUAGCCAAGUCAGCGACAUGCUUAGUCGAGCCGACGUAAUCCACCAUAUGUCGGAGAUCUACGUGUUUCCAUUCCUAGCAUUUGCUGUUUGUGGGUGAUAGUGGAGACUUGGAAGUUUGGACUCACCAUGUAACAUCGACGCCUAUGACUAUAUAUGAUGUUGCGACAUUCGGAGCAACACGAUGGUAUCAUUUCCAAAGUCAUGGUCUCUGUCACGACACGGUCGUUACCCACAUCCGUACGCUCGUGGACAAGUUAACGGCAGACCGGACAGUGACGAACACUUGACAUUCGUAUUUUCGGAUGGAGAGGAUGCUACACUGCAGGAACUUAACGAUGCCACAGAACUUCGCCAGCGCAGCAGCGAUAGGGCAGGACGCGAUCACGCCGGAAAGAAAGAUAAGCCACAGGUGCCUUAUAGCGACCAUAAAAUUACCGAAGGUGACACACUCCAAGGUCUGGCAUUGCGAUAUGGAUGCACGGUCGGAAGAUUAAAGCAGUUUAACAAUCUGCUCGGUGAUCAAGAUUUCUUUGCUCGGACUUCCAUCAAAGUACCUACGAGAGUCUUUGUCCAGACUGCCAAACUCGUUGAUCCCUGUCCAGAUGAGAAGGUGACAGAUGGUGACAUUCAGAGCGACAGUGGAGCUUCUCCACCAGACAGAGCGAUCCGUUACUGGAAUAAGCUUGAACGGCAGGUGGAGGAGGUGAUCCAGAAAGGAAAUGAACUUCAAGAGACCCGUCGUGCCUCAGAGGAAGUGCCACAAAGGACUCAUCCUGCUCAGAAGCACAGUUGGAGUGGCGUUGACUGUGGUAUUGGAUGGUGCGGAAUAAUCAUCACCCUCGUCGUUAUAGGAAUACUUGUGCCUACACUCUAUGCGUUGUACAUACUCUACUACGAAGAUAGGACUCAUGAUGCUGUUCUGUGAAGGUGGUAAGGAAUGUCUACAUUGCCUUGUGCCUCGUACGACUUUAUAACAAAUGAUAAGCAAUGUAAAUUUGAACUUUGCCAACUGGUAGUGUUUUAAAGACUGGAAGGGUUCCGUUGCGCUUAUCCACUGUUACAAUUGAGGUGGAAUAUUUCCAGUUGCAUUUGUAAGUGUCGCAAAAAGCGUCAGCGGCACAGUACCUUCUUUUACUUAGCGUAGGUUGCCAUCGUUCGUAACAUCCGUUACGUGUGCACGUGCAUAUUGAUUUACGUAAUUUAUUCAGUAUUUUUAGACGCUUUUUUUUAUACAAAUUGAACAUGCGGAAUGUUCAACAGCCAGGGUAUCGUAUACUAAAGCAACAACAAGCAUUGAUAAACAAGUGUGGUUAUGCGGCAGCUGUUUUAAAGGGACUGUCUCGACUUUUCCUUGGACAUCUGGCACUUCACAGCUGCUGACCUUGCCUGCAGCUUUGCUUAAGCUUUUAUAUGUUGCGGUGUGUAGCUGAUGAACGGUUUGCACACCUCUUCAGUGAUAUGUAGUGGAACAUUUUAUUUUAAACAAAUAAAAUUAUGGGUUUGUACAUGACAAAA